AUGGAGGUGGCGGUGGCAGCUUUGGAGGAGGUGUUGGCGGAGGUUAUGGAGCUGGGUCAUCAUCCAGUAGUUUCAGCCUUGGAGACCAUGGAGUUGGCGUUGGAGGAAGCCAUGGAGGUGGCGGUGGCGGCCACGGAGGUGGCGGCGAUGGCGGCAGCCAUGGAGGUGGUGUCGGUGGCGGCUAUGGAGGUGGAGGGUAUGGACAAUAGGUGCUAUAUUAAUCAACUAAAGUUUGCUAAAUACAGCGAUAACAGAAGACUGGACAUCAGCGAGGCAUUAUCCAUCAAGCAAACCAAGCCACAUAUCAAAAGCCAACUAGCACCAAAUUACACUGCCAACUUCCAGAGCACAACGAAACACAACAUAUUGCACCAAUCAUCAUGUAAACAGGAGAGUGACAAGAUACAGUGGAGUUAUAAUGAACUCAGUUGCUUGAGUGGUAAAGGCCCUGGCGACGGGAUGCUGGCGCUGGUAUAUAACACCUCGGGAACAUAUCUCAUCAUCCAGUUCGUGACGGAACUUGGUCCAGUCAACACCAAUAUGAAAUUGGUGUUAGUGUCCUUGGCCUUAGCUAUGCUGGCCGUAUCUGGCUUGGCCCGGCCAGGUGGACAUGGAGGCGGUGGUGGCGGCUAUGGAGGAAGCGGUGGCGGCCAUGGAGGUGGUGGCGGCCAUGGAGGAGAUGGGGGUGGUGGCGGCGGCGGUAUGGGUGGUGGUGGCGGCGGCGGCGGUUAUUCUGGUGGCGGUCAUGGUGGUGGUGGAGGUGGCGGCCAUGGAGGUGGUGUUGGCGGUGGCCACGGAGGUGGUGGAGGUGGCAGCUAUGGAGGUGCUGGUGGUGGCGGCCAUGGUUUCUUUGGAGGUCGUGGAGGUGGUUAUAAUGGUGGAUCUUCAACCAGCGGUUUCAGUUUUAGAGGUCAUGGAGGUGGCGGCAUUGGUGGUGGUGGCGGUGGUGGUGGAGGUCAUGGAGGUGGCGGAGCUGGCGGUGGAGGAGGCCAUGGAGGUAGCGGUGGCGGUGGUGGUGGCCACGGAGGUGGUGGCGGUGGCGGCUAUGGAGGUGGAGGAUAUGGAAAAUAA